AUGAUGUAUUUUCUAAUCGACUGGUUACUCGACAACUUCACCUGUGUGAGCUUGAUCGCCGUUUUUACGGGAUUCUACUAUUAUUCGAAAUCGACGUACGGUAAAUGGCAGAAAUUGAACAUACCAUACAUACCACCCGUGCCACUGUUUGGCAACGCGUUCAGAAUAGUCACGAAACUCGAACACCCGACUGAGAUGUAUGACAGACUCUACAACCAGUUUCCAGACGUCAAACUGUUAGGAUUCUACCAGAUGAUGGAGCCGAUGCUGUUAAUCCGGGACCCGGAGCUAAUCCACUCCAUAUUGGUGAAGGACUUCUCGUACUUCACCGAUCAUGGUUUUGUCAUGGACCCAUCCACAACUGUGCUAGGCAACAGUCUGUUCUUCGCCAACGGCCAGAGAUGGAGGACAAUGCGGCAGAAGCUGAGCCCAGGAUUUACGUCAGGCAAACUGAAGGACACGUACUUGGCAAUAAACGAGUGCAGCAACCAAAUGGUGUCUGGCAUGGUAGAAAAGCUAGGGAAGACCGACCAACUUGACGUAAAAUCUAUAAUUUUUGGUUUUGCAAAUGACGUGAUCGGUAUGUGCGCGUUCGGUAUGCAGCUGGACACGAUCAAGAACGAAGAUUCGGACUUCCGCCGGUACUCUGAGAGAGUUUUUCAGAGAAACACGAAACAGAUUAUUGUUCAGGCGGUGACCACAGUCUGCCCCUUGAUAGUCAAUCUGUUUAAAAUACAAAUGUUUCCAGCAGAUGCUACCAAUUUUUUCCGUAAGGUGUUUACCGACGUCAUCAAUUAUCGAGAAAACCAUAACGUUGUCCGGAACGAUUUGACACAGACCUUGUUACAAGCUCGUAAAGAAUUGGUGUUGAAGGAAAACUCGACUUCUGAAGAUCAAUUCACCGAUGAUGAUAUCAUCGGUAACGCAAUUCUCUUGUUCGGGGCUGGUGCGAUAACCAUUUCAUCUACGGUAUCUUUUUGCCUCUACGAAUUGGCGUUAAACAAAGAAAUCCAAGACAAAAUGCGUGCGGAGAUAUGCUCGAUGAAAGCAAAACACGAUGGACAGUUAAACAACGAUUUUUUGAUGGACCUCCAUUACACCAACAUGGUAUUAGAAGAGACUGGGCGCAAAUACUCCAUUGCGUCAAUUUUAAUGAGAGAGGCAACCAAAACGUACACUCUACCUGACAAAUCAUUUGUCAUUGAAAAAGGUCAAAAAAUGAUCAUACCAAUGUUUAGCAUACACCGUGACCCAAAAUAUUAUCCUGAUCCGUUAAUAUUUGAUCCGGAAAGAUUUUCUAAGGAACAAAAAUCUCAACGACUAAAUGGCACAUACAUGCCGUUUGGCGAUGGACCUCGAGUGUGCAUAGGUAAACGAUUUGCUGAAUUAGAAAUGAAAUUAGUCCUGUCAAAUAUAUUAUCAAAAUUCGAAGUAUUACCGUGUGAUCAAACCGAAAUUCCCCUCGAGAUAACAAGCGAAUCAGGAGUAAUGUUCCCAAAAAGAGACCUAGUGUUAAAAUUUAGACCGAUCAUAGGGUAUGCUGACAAAUAG